AUGCUCGCCCUGGAGCGCCCUGCUCGCGAGCAAUCUUACCUCCAGCAAUUCCCCAUGGAUUCGUCUUCCUUUAACAACCAGCUAGACUCUCUCGAUCAGCAGCAACAGGCCAUAUUUGGAGCAUACAGCAGCAACAGUGGUCUUCCAUGUGACCCCUACCCAUUUAUGCUCCAGCAACCCUUGGCCCUGGACUCUCCAUUGUUCUACCCUGCCAAAAGUGAACUAAGGCUUGCGCCAAAGCCUACGGGCUCGCCACAGUUUCUCCCGCUCUCUCAACCGGGCGAUCAAUACUCUUCGCUUAGUUCCUCGGCUUCUACCCACUCUCUCCCCAGUGCAACUACCUCGUCGAUAGGUUCGCCUUAUCAGGACCAGUGGCUUGACAUCGACGUCGCCGUGGGUGCGGAGCAGGUCGCCAUGGUUGGUGAAGGGUAUCCCAACGACUUCGUGUCAAAUAGCAUCGAUCCUGAGAUGCUAUAUGCUAGCGAAAAAUUUUCCACUUCCUACGUGGAUCCUGCAUUGUUACAGCCAAUGCAACAGAAUAACAACUUCCAUGGAGUAGCUGUCUCUUACCAGGAGGACUCACAUUAUCCCUUCAUCUCUUCACCCGCUUUCGCUCCGCUCUCACCUCAUUCACCUCUGCAUCUCUCACAUACCCCCCAACAACAACACCAGGCCAUACCCGCAUCUCAAAAGCAGGAGAACCUUGAUGUGAACCCUCCAUUCGUACAGCAAACCAGAUUCUCAACUCCUCGACCAUUCCAAGGACGCAGGUCAUCGAUAUCAUCAAUCCACUCUCGCCACUCCACUCGCACCUCCCCAAUCGGAAAUGAAGCCGAGGAAGAUAACAACGAGAAAGGGAGAUGUCCCCAUCCAGAAUGCGGUCGUGUCUUCAGAGAUCUCAAGGCACAUAUGCUCACUCAUCAAUCGGAACGUCCUGAAAAAUGUCCGAUUGUGACAUGCGAAUACCAUCUAAAGGGAUUCGCUCGAAAAUACGAUAAAAACCGUCACACCUUGACCCAUUACAAAGGGACUAUGGUUUGCGGUUUCUGCCCCGGAUCAGGCUCUGCUGCUGAGAAGAGCUUUAAUCGUGCAGACGUAUUCAAGCGCCAUCUCACUACUGUGCAUGGUGUUGACCAAUCUGCUCCAAAUGGUAGGAAGAAGACACCACCGUCCGUUCCCGGUGGUGGGAAACUUUCCAGUUACUGCCAGGAUGCUACCGGAAAAUGUUCAACAUGUACUUCAACUUUUGCCAGUGCCCAAGAGUUUUACGAGCAUCUUGACGACUGUGUUUUGAGAGUUGUGCAGCAGGAAGAACCUUCCGAGGCAAUCAACUCUCGAAGGUUGACCGAGGUUGCUGCCGAUGAGGCUGUCCGCGACACAAUGGAGCGGCACAUGCUUCUCGACCCAAACACUCCUCACACUGAACAAAGUGAAGACCUCGAUGAGGCUGCCGAAAGGCAAAAUGAUUCCUCCAACUCCUCUACCAAAGGAGCCCUGUCUAAAUCCAACUCUACCAACAGCAAAAUUACCAAGAACCGUCCCGCCGUCUCAAGACGACGAAACAACCGAAACAACUACCCCCCCUCAUGGAGCUGCCCCAAUAACAAAAUCAAGAUGAAGCGCCGUCUCCUCUGUCUCUAUGAUGGUCCUCGCCGUCUAUGGAAGGACGAAAUGAUGCUCGACAACGAAUUUGAGGUUCGCCUCAAGCUCCCAGCCGGCGAUUGCAUGGGUCGUGAAGCAUACGUCACUGACCUAGAUAUUGAGACCCUCAAGCGAUCAGAGGGAGUACACAAUGCUACUGACGAAGAAAAGGGCCCAUGGAUCAAAGAUCCAAAUGCACCCGAGGGCCUUAUCGGACCCUCUGCGGUCCCAAUCGUGGAGCAUCCCAUGAAAAUCGGCGACGAACUCAACAUCGACGAUCUAAUGGCAUAA